AUGCACAGCUCGCUCCGCUCGCUGUGCUUGGUGUUCACUCUGCCUUGGGAAUUUAUCAAACGUGUUUAUCGCGGAGGUCUCAACACCCGUAACAUCCCAGCGUUUGUUUUCAAUUUCGCUCUCAACUUCUUCCCCGUGUUCCUAUGGCUAUGCGUCUUCAAAAAUGCAGGUCUUAUCCCAACCAACUGGCGUCCCAAAAUUCACAACAAAGCAGCCUUUUUCGCAGACAAUUUCAUGUUCGGAGACCUGGCAGGUGAACUUAGGGCCCAAUUCGGCUCCGACGAAGCCCAACUGUUGACCCCGCUAUCGUGGCUUGCAGCUGCCCUGUUUGCCCUGCUGGCUUGCACCUUGCUGCCCAUAUCGCUGUGGUAUUAUCUGUACUACUGCAAACGGUGCCAAACGAACAUUUUGGACCCCUACGCUCACUUGUUCCACCGUGGGUACCGGUUCUCGCCCACCAACCGCCGUGUGCUGCUGCCCUUCCUGUAUCUGCUGCUCGCGUUCGUGGGACUCAAUUCCGUUAACCUGCUGGCCUGGCAACGCGAAUCCAAUUUUACCAAAUACAAGGACAUCCUGGCCUGGGUCUCGUACGUGCUGUUGCAUCUCAUCGCACCAAUCCUCACCGCCGUGUACUUGUACGUUUUCCAGCCACCUGGAACGCUCAAGGCCUUUUCAUUGGCCAUGGGCGCUCAAAACAUCUGUGGUGUACUAACCCAUCUAUCCGUGCCCAUGGCCCCACCCUGGUUCAUUCAUAUGUACGGCAUCCGCGACAGAGAGCAUGUCUCUUAUGACCAACCGGGCUACGCCGCGGGUCUCACCCGUGUGGACUCCCAUUUGGGCACUCAUCUCAACUCCAAAGGUUUCCACAAAUCCCCCAUCGUUUUCGGUGCAGUGCCAUCUUUGCAUUCUGCCAUGGCAGUUCAAUGUUUCUUGUUUUUGAUCACUCGUGCCACCGCUACUAAGGCCAGACCCCCCAUUGUCGUGGAUACGGACUUGGACACCACACUAGCCGGACCUUCCCCUCUGGUAUCUGCAACCACGUCGAAACGCUCACAGUCAGACCCAGAACGGGCCUCUUCUCUUGAUCCAAACUGGGAUCCGGAAUCCAUCGAGCUCGACUCUUUGUCGAAAUUCUCUGACAAUUCAGGCACCCCCUCUUCAUCCACUGCCAUGCCCUCGUUCCAUUACGGCACUCCCGUGCCCUUGGGAGCCCUCAAUUCGAAGCUAUUGACCAUUUUCCAUAUGGGUCUGCUUCCUCGAUUCCUAGGUACCAUGUUUCCAAUCCUGCAGUGGUGGAGCACCAUGUACCUCGACCAUCAUUUCCGAUUCGAUCUCUUUGUCGGCCUGUGCUACGCGGUCACCAGUCAUCUGCUCGUGAACGCUUUAUACUUGCAACCUCGAGUUUUGAAAAAAUGGUGCGACAUACGUAUGGACACCGCACCAGAUACCCGUAAAGAGGCCAAGACUAUGGGAAUGCGUGUAUUUGAAGAUACAGACGUCGAAUGGUUUUUCGAUCCCUUUGCAUGA